CGAAAUCAGGCUCGGGAAGUGUGGAGUGGUGGCAUAGGCUCGUUGUAGUGUAUGCUGGGUAGUAUAGCGUAAAGGCGUUUUGCAGGCACUAGGCAGAUCGAGGUGGAAAAGAGUGCAGGGAGGACGUUCACCGACCAUGUCAUUCAUAUCAACAGAUGCUGCCCCGGCGGACAACUACAAGGAUAAGCUGAUCAAAAAUGUCAAAAAAGAGGUAAAGCAGAUAAUGGAGGAGGCCGUGACGAGGAAGUUCGUCCACGAGGACAGCAGUUCCAUCACCUCCCUGUGCGCUGCCGUGGAGGCAUGCCUGUCGCAAGGGCUGCGGCGCCGGGCGCUCGGUCUCUUCAAGACGAGCUCGACGACGGCGCUUUUGCACAAAGUUGGCAAAAGUUUCGCUCCGGCAGCCACCAUCUCACACAUGGUGCAAGACAUCGAAAACUCGGAGCCUAACCGGCGCUCGUCGUCCAGCGGCGACAGCACAAACAGACUCAUCAAGCCGCAGUUGAUCAAGAAAAAUUCGGCCAGCGGUGUAUUAUCAAGCAGCAGCAGCUCGUUGUCCACGUCAGGCCUCAUCGCCGCAACAACCACACCGCGUUAUCUGUGGUUACGGUUGGCGCUUUUUGAAAAGCAGCUCGCCAAGAUUAUCGACCACCUCGUACAAAAUAGCAGCAAAUACUACGAGAAGGAUGCUUUGGUGUCGGAUCCAGACUACGGAUCAAUUCUUAGUUCACUUUUAGUCGGACCGUGUGCCCUCGACUACUCGCGCACCAAGACGCAGGACCACUUCUGGACCGACCCUCCGGCAGAUGAACUCGUCCAGCGGCACCGCAUUUCGGGUCACAACUCGAGCACUCCUCCGGUCACUAGAAGACCCGCGCUCAACUUCCGACGAAGCUUGCACGGCGUAACCACCUCGGAGGAAUCGAUGCCGCGACCUUUGACCUCGAGCUGCGCCAAGGAGUACGUCGAGAGCCUGCAUCAAAACAGCAGGGCCACACUCCUGUACGGCAAAAACAACGUCCUCGUACUGCCGAAAGACUUGACUGAGCCCAUCCCAGGGUAUUUGUCCCUGCACCAAAGCCCGAACGCGCUCACCAUUAAAUGGACCCCCAACCAGUUGAUGAACGGCUAUAACGAAGCUCCGCAAGACACUGGGAGCAAGAGGAGGUUUAGUUUGCCCAUCAAGGGAUCUCCCCCAGUAGUUCCUGUUUCCCUUUUAAGGCGCCAUUCCACCUCAAUCAUUGACUACCUCUACUGGGAUUACGCUCUGCACGUGAACGUGGACGACAUUGUCUAUGUGCACUGCCAUCAGCAAGCUGACAGUGGCGGAACGGUGGUGCUCGUCGGUCUUGACGGAGUCCAGCGCCCACCGAUCCAUUUCCCACGGGGUGGCCAUCUCUUGGCUUUCCUCUCAUGCCUCGAGACAGGAUUACUACCACACGGCCAACUUGACCCACCGUUAUGGUCGCAGAGAGGAAAAGACCGUUUUUCAGGCAAAGUGUUCCCGCGUCUGAGACGAAAGGCAAGGGCAGUAUUGGAAAAGCCAGGCAUUUUCUCCAGCAGUACGAGCAUGGCGAGCAACGGCAGCCUGGACGAGGAAGAGACGUCCGACUAUGUGUUCAGAAUCAUCAGCAAGGUGAACCACGAGGACAUCUCUGACUGGUUCUUCCCGCGGAGCCCAGUGCCGCCGUCGCCAGGUACGCGUUCCUCGCUCUUCUCAACCUCGACGGCCAGCUCAACGUCCUCAUCCAAGUCGAUCAGCCUGGACGGAGGGCCCCCAGAGCCGUCGCCGCCUCCGCUGGCGAGCAAGGCGUUCAAAAUCUCGCCCGGCGACUCGCUGCAGAUUUUGUGCGACACUAUGAAGCGGCAGAUCAUCUCUCGGGCGUUCUACGGAUGGCUCGCCUACUGCCGCCACCUGACCACCGUUCGCACGCACCUGUCCGGCCUCGUCCACCCGGCCAUCAUCUCGGUCCAGCAGCCGUCCGACGCCUCUGCCGGGCUGACCGAGCAAAAGUGGCUCGAGAUGACCUCCGAAGGCAAGCUGCCAGACGAGGCUGAGGUCUUCCGCCUCACAUACUACGGUGGCGUGGCGCACUCCAUCAGGAAGCAGGUCUGGCCCUACCUUCUUGGCCACAUUCCCUUCAAGAGCACCGAUGAGGAACGGAAGCAGCAGGACCUGAACGUGCGCAGAGCUUACGAGACCACCAUGUCCGAGUGGCUGGCCGUCGAGGCCAUCGUCCGGCAGCGCGACAAGGAGGUCAUGGCAGCUAACCUGGCAAAGCUCAGCUCGGAGAGCACGAGCAACGCCGGAGACGCACCACCUCAAGUCAACCAUGAUUUGGCCAAUGAUGUUUUCGAAGAGAGCGACUCAAGUGAUUCAGGUCCAGAUGAGGCUCCUACCGACGGUGGCCCAAGGCAAGGUCGUAGACCCACUGUCUGCCCUCCAAACUCACUUGAAGCACCUGAUGUAGACAAUUCAAAUCAGCAGCAGGCUCCAGAACCAGGAAAAUUGCUGCAGGGCAUCAACCGAGCGCAACCACAGCCCCAGGCUUCAGAAGAACGGUCUUCUUCCCCUGACGAAGGCGUUGGAGAAGAACUUGAAGAUGCAGCUCCUGCGGAACCAGAGCAAAGAGAACCAAAGAAAGUUGAGACUGAGCCAGUUCUUGUGACAACCACAAACCCGUCGGUGGACAGUGGAAACCAAGGCGAAUUAGUGGAAGAGGCAGGAACUGCGAAUUUGAAUGCACAAGGACUCACCUUGGAGCAACUCGACGGUGGCGUCAGCCCUGGCUCACGAUCCGGUGCUGUCAGCCCUGCCAGCUCCCAGGGGGGAGUUUAUUCCACUGAACUUCUGGAAACUUACGGGCUAAAUCUGCACAGAAUUGAGAAAGAUGUUCAACGGUGUGAUAGAAAUUACUGGUACUUUGCCACCGAGGGCAAUUUGGACAAACUGCGAAAUGUGAUGUGCACCUACGUGUGGGAGCACCUGGAUAUUGGCUACAUGCAAGGAAUGUGCGACCUCGCUGCCCCGAUUUUGGUCAUCCUGGACGACGAGGCACUCGCGUAUGCUUGUUUCUGCUGCCUGAUGGAGAGGAUGGUUGCCAAUUUCCCUAAUGGUGGCGCCAUGGACUCUCAUUUUGCCAAUAUGCGAUCAUUGAUUCAAAUUCUGGACUCGGAAAUGUUCGAGCUGAUGCACCAGCACAGCGACUACACACACUUUUACUUCUGCUACCGGUGGUUCUUGCUCGACUUCAAGCGCGAACUUCUGUACGACGACGUGUUCAUCACCUGGGAGACGAUUUGGGCCUCAAAACACGUCGCUUCGGCGCAGUUUGGCCUCUUCUUGGCACUGGCUCUGGUCGAGACUUACAGAGACAUCAUCCUCAGCAACGCCAUGGACUUCACCGACAUCAUUAAAUUCUUCAAUGAAAUGGCCGAGCGGCAUGACGCCAAGGCUGUUCUCAAUCUGGCGCGUGAUCUAGUAUUGCAACUGCAAACGCUUAUCGACAACAAAUAAGAAGAUAUUUAUUACACACAACCAGCCAUAUCCUAUCUAACCCUAUUUUAUUCCAAAGAUAUCAUCUUUACAUGAGUGCCAAAAUGCGAAUGUGUGAGUGUGUGUUUUUGUGUGCUAGAGUUAUAAAUGUGCCUUACAAAAAGGAUACUUCCGCUCCUCUUGUGUUUACAAUCCGGCCAUACUUUUACCAUUCUUUACUGAUAAGAAACUUUUGCUCCGCCAGAGAAAAAAGUCUAUUUUGCGACCUGGCGUUUGAAAAGAUUUUAAUGUCGAGUGAGUGACUUACUGUAAAUGUCAAGUGUCAUCAGAUUUAGUAUCACGCUUCCCUCUCUCAAGUCCAUUUUUUCAAUUGAAAGAGCGCAGUUCUAACAGCUUCAAAACACACGAAAAAGAAUAGAUUCGGUUUUAACGAUUGUAUAGUUUUCUGAUAACUGUAUUUUUCUAUCAUCUAAAAACAAUCACUCGCCUUCCUCCCGAUUCCCUCUUAUCGACCUAAAUCUGUCAUUAAUCAUAUCGUGUAAGGGCUGGUACCUAAUGGAAAACUAUUAAGAAAAAGUAUAUUAUAUAUAUAUUACACAGACGCAAACGUACAUUAAUGAAAAGACGGAAAAUAUAUAUUUAUUGCUGUUACUUAAAUCUCGAUGUGUUGAAGAGCGUAGAGACACUGGUUCUGAACCCUGUUCUCUCUUGAUGAUGAUGA